CAGCAGCAGCAUGUGGAGGCAGCAGCUGUUGUCGAUAUGCCCGAUGACAUAAGCACGACGGCAGCGACGUCCACUCCCACGUCGACAUCGACGUCAGCGUCAGCGUUAGCGUCGCCGCCUAUUGUGAAUGAUACUGAUAAGGCGGGCCAUGCGGAGCAACCGGAUGUUGUGAACCGUGCGGAAAUCAAUUUGGCGAAGCCCAACAAGCAGACAUCAACAACACCAACAACACAAACACCAACAGCAGCAACAACAGCGCCGCAGGAUAUUAGGGAGCAGCAGUCGACAGCUAAUCAAAUCAACGACGAUGCAGUCGGGCAGCAGCAGCAGCAGCAACAGCAGCGGUUCAAUUAGGCAACGCAGCGCCAC